CAGCCCGACCGCCGGCCGGCCGCCCCCGGCCCCCGCCGCUCUUGGAAAUGCCCCUGCAGCAGGCAAAACGAAGGCUGGAGCUAGGAGAAAGUGGCCACCAGUAUCUUGCUGAAGGACUAAAGACUCCAAAGGGGAAAGGAAGAGCUGCAACAAGAAGUCCAGAUAGCCCAAAAACUCCAAAAUCUCCUUCAGAAAAGACUCGGUAUGAUACAUCACUUGGCCUUCUUACGAAGAAGUUCAUUCAGCUGCUGAGCCAAUCUCCUGAUGGGGUCUUAGAUUUGAACAGAGCAGCAGAGGUCCUCAAGGUGCAAAAAAGGAGGAUUUACGAUAUCACCAAUGUACUGGAAGGCAUCCAUCUCAUUAAGAAAAAAUCCAAAAACAACAUUCAGUGGAUGGGCUGCAGUCUGUCAGAGGAUGGUGGCAUGCUGGCACAGCGUCAAGGCCUCACAAAGGAGGUGACCGAACUGAUUCAGGAAGAGAAGAAACUGGAUGAGCUAAUCCAAAGCUGCACCCUGGACCUCAAGCUGCUAACGGAGGACUCAGAAAAUCAAAGAUUAGCUUAUGUGACGUAUCAAGAUAUUCGAAAAAUUAGUGGCCUUAAAGACCAAACUGUUAUAGUUGUGAAAGCUCCUCCAGAAACAAGACUUGAAGUGCCUGACCCAGUGGAGAGUGCAUUGAUACAUUUAUCUAGUACUCAAGGACCUAUUGAAGUUUAUCUGUGCCCAGAGGAAAAUGAUGCCCUCAGUCCAAUGAAAACCUAUAGUCAAGACCACAAUGGAAAUAUUUCCAAAACCAUUUCCAAAGAAGUGGCUUCUGCAAACUCAGGACAAGGCGACUGCUCAGUAAAUAUGGCAACAAUAUCUCCACUGGCUUCUCCAGCCAACCUGCUACAGCAGACUGAGGACCAAAUUCCCUCAAACUUUGAAGGACCAUUUGUGAAUUUGCUGCCUCCUCUGCUUCAGGAAGAUUAUUUGCUGAGCCUUGGGGAUGAAGAAGGCAUCAGUGACCUCUUUGAUGCUUAUGAUUUAGAGAAGCUUCCUUCGUUGGUGGAUGAAUUUAUAUACAGCUGAUUCUCUUAAAUGCUGUCCGUAUCUAAGCUAUGUUUCUAAUGGAAUCAAAAAACCUGCUGUCACUCAGUUGUCCCCUACUUACUAUGAAAUAGCAUUAUUAAGUAAACUAGGUUCUUGGACAGUGCUGACAUUUUCAUUAAAUACUCCCUAAAAUACUAUAAACAAGAAGUGAAGUUUUUUACAGUAAGGCCUUCUCCCUGACCUCCAGCGCCUUGUGUCAGCAAGUGCAAGCAGGUGACCGUAAAUGUUUUGUCUUCACACUCCCCCAGUCUCUGCUUACUGUGACAAGUGGGCUUACGGAGAAGGGCUCAAUGAACUGCUUUAGUCCUAAAUAACAAUUUUAUAAUAGUCUUUCAGGUCGUGCCUUCUGCAGAGAAUGCAUGUCUUUUAAGCGUGUCACCACAUGGAUUGUACCUGCAGUGAACGUAAAUAUGAAGUAAUGCAACAGUGUGAAAUGGGAUUCUUCAGCUACUUGUGGGAAUGUUUAAAUUGCUGUCCUACUGCUCAUCUUGAGCUGUGUAUAUGUCUCAUUAUGAGGUCAAAUACUUGUGUCCUUAAAAAGCUUUUAAU